AACUAUAACUAGAUUGAAAGGUGAACCUAAGGACGGAGCGGAUCAAAGAUUGCGGACGAGAGACACCAUAAGCGCCGAUCCACGAUGAGGCGAUCGAGCUUCAUCGUCCGCGUCGCUCUGUCCACCGUUAUGCACCCUGUCACUUCCGCCCGCCUCUCCACUGCCUCAGCUCCUCACCAGCCCACCGUGCGCGUGUCCGCCAUGGUCGAUGAGAUCUCUCGGUUAUCACUCCUCGAGGUUGCCGACCUCACAGAGGCACUCCGUGUCCGGUUGGGCGUCCAGCAGAUGCCCGUCAUGGUCAUUUUGAACCCUGGCAUGGGUGGGCCCGCUGCCGCCUUCUCCGGUGCAGGAGCCGCUGCUGUGCCCGAGGAGAAGGAGGAGAAGACGGCCUUCGAUCUGAAGCUGGAGAGCUUCGAAGCGGCCUCCAAGAUCAAGAUCAUCAAGGAAGUAAGAACUUUCACGAACCUGGGACUCAAAGAGGCUAAGGAACUCGUGGAGAAGGCUCCAACCGUACUGAAGACUGGGGUGCUGAAGGAAGACGCGGAGAAGAUUGUGGAGAAGCUGAAACAUAUUGGUGCUAAAGUCGUGUUCGAAUGAGGAAGAUGGUUAGGGAAUCAGAGGUCUAUAUGCGGGAUUUUUUUCCAGCUGUUAUUGGGUCAACUGUUUCAUAGGGGCUUUACUUCUUUUUUUAUAGCAGGGCAAAGAGUAGGUACCUAAGAGGGAAUGAUGAGCAUCUCACAUUCUCACCCCCCAUUAUCAUCUUAUUUCUGCUGCUGAAGCUGGUGCUAUGGAAAGUGCUGUGAUUGCUAUCUUGACAUUGGUCUGGUUUCUUUGUUUACCAAUCCUAUUUGGCUUGUAAAAACACGGCUUCAGCUCCAAACUCCUUACCAUGGUUAUCGGACCUAUUCGGGAUUUUUCAGUCAGAUGCUUUGAAGACCAUUUUAAAAGAGGAAGGAUGGCAAGCACUUUAUAAAGGGAUUGGACCAAGUCUUCUGCUUGUUACUCAUGGUGCAAUUCAGUUCCGUAGGCUUGUUGCUUACACCAAGGGAAAAGGAGCAAAGACAAAUGCCAUGGGUGGAGAUGAAUCAUUGAGCUAAUUCGACUAUGCUGCUCUUGGGGCUUCCUCUAAACUUGUCGCUAUCCUAUUCACAUAUCCAUAUCAGGCAAGCUGUUCAAGAUUUGUUAUCUUCUUUCUAGAUUUUGUGUUUUGUUUGCAAUCACAUUAACCUGAACUCGAUGCCCUUACUCGCAAGCUAUCUUCCUAACUGAUUGUGGUUCAGUGGUUGUCCCAUUGUAGGUUAUUGGUUACAGGUACUUGAUGUUUUCUUUCAUAAUUGCCAAACCAGUUUCUUUUUCCUAUACCAUCUAAUUUUGGAUGUUGAAAAGUUAUAUUUUCUAUCCAUUUUAAUAUAUGAGCAAUACAAUCAGCUUGCCCUUGUAUCCCAAUUAAAUAUUUUUUUUUGUAUAUUGCAGCAAAGACCUAAUAUCAAUUGAACCCCAAAGUAUUCAGAUAGUUGGCAUGUUAUAAAGGAAACUGCAAGGUAAAUAAUGAUGUCAUAGUAGCACAUUAUUUAACUUUAAGAUUUUUUGUAGAAAACAAAAUUGAUAUCUUGACUUUGUUAUUUAACUAAAUUGGCAUUCUACAGAGUUAUAGUCCACGAGCCACCUUGCUUGUCCGAUACCUUUAUUUGGUCAUUUGUCCUCGUUAUAAUUUACUACCUAAACAUGCCUGCUGCAAUCAAGUUCAUGCAAAACAAUAGUUCUAAUACAAGGAUCAAUUGGAUUAGGCUUGCAGUAGGAGAAUUAUGCUCGUUGAUUCAUUACUUGCUCAAUUUCAUAAUUGUUAAAUGAGAGGCAGAUGAUUGCUAACUCGUCGCUGAAGGUUUGAAGGCCGUCGUGGAUUUUACAGGGGCUUGACGUCCAACUUGUUGAAGAACAUCCGUGGUCUGUAAGAUUGAUGCAUGUAGAAGCUCAUAAAUAAAAUAAGGAUUGACAAUUCAUAUAUAUAUAUAUAGAGGAUUGUUAUGCUACGGACUAUUUUCUACGGAUUGUUACGGACUUGCCAUGUCAUUUUCUUUUUAAUUUUUUAAAUGUAACUUUUUCUUUUUCUUUUUUCUCUUCGUUCUCGCCGAAACGUUCUCGCUGCUCACUGUGCUCACCGCGCCUCCUCGCGCGCCCGCCACACGCCCUGCCACCGGCCAUCUGCCCACCGCCGGCGGCCUCCGGUCGCCUGGACUCACCCAUACUAUAGACCAGAAGGUGAACCCGUCGGGGAUAACGUCCGGAAUCCGGCCGCUAUCGCGACGUACUGGACGCUCGCGACUGGACGUGAUCGUGCCAGAUUCCAGCAAGAUCGCCGCCGGAUUCCGGCGCGAUCACGUCCAGUCGCGAUCGCGUCCGGAAUCCGGCUGCGAUCCCGUCGGAUUCCGGUCGCGAUGGCGUCCAGAAUCUGGCACGAUCGCGGCCGGAUUUCGAACGAGAUCGCGCCAGAUUCCGGUUGUGAUCUCGUCCAGUCGGCAGCGUCCAGUCGGCACGAUCGCUUCCCUUCGGCAGCGUCCAGUCGCGAGCGUCCGACUGUCUGGAGUCCGGCCGACGAUCGCGGCGACGAGGCGCGGUGAGCGUUUCGUUACAGCGAGAAGCGAGAAGAAGAAAAAAAAAUUAAGAGAAAAUAUUGUAUUAAAAAAAAUAAAAUAAUAUGAUGUGGCAGUUGGUCCGUAACAAUCCGCAGGAUAGAGUCCGUAGUAUAACAAAUUUGUAUAUAUAUAUAUAUAAACUAAAAAUUCAAA